CAGGAUUCCAAAAUACACAAGGUAUAGACUCCUGUAGUGUGUUUACAGCACCACUCGCGCGCGCGCGGCGUCUCGCGCAGCAGAAUCAAUCCAGAUCAUUUCAACAUAGACACAUGUUCCAUUUUCAGUCUUUUGAGGAUGACUGCACCCUGGAGGAGGAAGGGUUGGUAGAGGAAGAAGAUGAAAUUGACCAGUUCAAUGAUGACACUUUCGGUGCAGGGGCAAUCGAUGAUGAUUGGCAGGAGGAGCACGCCCGGCUCGCAGAGCUUGAUGAGCAGGUACGAGACGGACCACAUGGAGCGGGCGACGCCUCCUCCGUUGACCUCCCUCUCGCAGGCGGCAGUGCCCACUCUUCGGCCCUCCCUCAACCCUCCUCUUCCUCCCGGCUUUACCCUGACAUAGAUGAACGGGGUGGCGAUGACCUGGCGGAGUCGCUGACUCGGCUCAUCUUGGGCUCGGAUCCUGCUAUCGCUGGAGUGGGCACCACCAGGUCAGACAGACCUCACCUUCCUCCGAUGCUGUCCGGUCAGGCUCCUCUGCCCUCGGCAUUAGCUGGACAGUCUUCUCUGCUGCUGAGCUACCAACAACAGCAGCAGCUCAUGCGCAGAGGCCCAGCUCCUCUUCCACAGAUAAACUCUCACAGUAUUUGGGAAAACAGUAUGGGCUUCAGUCCUGUUAGUUCUGGACUAGUCAGUCAAAAAGAGGACAAAACGCUUAUGUCGAUUAUCAAAGAAGUAGGACUUCCUAACCGGCCUCCUGCACUCAGAGAAGAAGGGCGAGAUUUGUCCGAACGGGUUCCGCCUCCUCGCUCCAGCUCACCUGUGAUUGGAAGUCCACCUGUAAGGGCUGUACCUAUUGGAACACCUCCAAAACAGCCCAUGAGUCACAUCCACAAUCACCAGAAUAAUCACCCUUCAGCCAUUCACGUGAGAGCCUCUGUGCCACUGCGCUACCCUCCUCCCUUUCCUGAGCGUCUGUCCCCCAACAACCUCCUCAGCAUCGCUAACUCCCCGUUGUCUCAUCCUCCGUUCCCUGCUGGAGUUGGUCCUGUUCUGUCUCAGAUACAGAGAGCCCAGCUGCUCAACUCUCAGAUUGGUCAGUUCCCACGUGGUCCAGCUCCUCCAUUAUUACAGGGAGGUGUCGGGGGUUUCAGGCCGUUCUUUGGGCCGUCUGGUCCUAGAAUGGGUCCGCAUGGGCCACCUCUUGGCCACGCACCCAUCCGACACAACACCACCCACCUCCACCCGCAGCACCGCAGGAUGCUCAACCAGAGGAUGCAGAACAGAGGCUUGGGUGAUCACGUCGGAGGCAGAGGUGUUGGAGACAGGAGAAACAGAGAUCCUUACAGCAAUCUGAUGACACAAAGAGAGAAGGAAUGGGUAGCGAGAAUACAAAUGAUGCAACUUCAAAGCACCGAUCCGUAUCUGGAUGACUACUAUUACCAGAAUUAUUAUGAGAAGAUGGAGAAGCGUCAGGAGCGGGACCGAGACACCAGGAAGGAGCACACCACCAAACUCAUCACUCCUCAGGUGGCUAAACUGGAGCACACCUAUCGGCCAGUGCAGUUUGCUGGCUCGUUAGGAAAACUGACUGUCUCCAGUGUGAACAAUCCAAGGAAAAUGAUUGAUGCCGUGGUGACCUCUCGCAGUGAUGAUGAGGAAAAAAGAGAAAAGCAAGUGUGGAACAAAAGACGGCAAAUCCUUUACACUGUGGAGAAGAUGUACAGUCUACUAUUAGAAGUGCAAGACUUUGAGAAGAAGUUCUUGCAGACCCCUGAGCACCAAAGAGAUGCCCUGCUAGAACAGCAUAAAACACACACGCUGCAGCUCUACAACUCUCUCCGAGAAAAAGAGUGGGACGACCGAGUGAGCGAUGAGCAGUGCUUGAUGAUCAUGUCUGUGCGAAAGGGGAAACGCCUCAUCUCCAGACUCCUCCCCUUCCUGCCACAGCCCCAGGCUGCUGCUAUUGUCAUGGGAAUAGCCAGGAACCUUCCAGCUCUGGCCAAGAAAGACAAACAAGACCAGGUACUGUGUUGGUUGGUAAAGCCAGUGACGACAGUAAUCCAGUCCAUGUCGAGUACCUCCCUCACUGAUCUCCUUCAGGAGCUGCAAGGCAGUGAAGGACAGCUUCCCCUUGUGCUGCAAAAUAAGUUUGGCGUGACGUUGCUCUAUCUGAUUCUAAGUGAAGGAGAGAGGAUGCAGAGCUCCGAUCCCAACUGUCAGCUCAUGGACGAUAACCGCUGGACUGAGUUGGUGUUCUCUGUGACGCGGGAGCUUCUGAAGGUCCCGUCCUCUGCGCUUUCAUCUCCGCUGUUUACUCCUCCAAACCUAGUGUCCCUGUUCUCUCGAUACGUGGACCGGCAGAGACUCGAGCUCCUGCAGGAGAAGUUACAGAUCACAGCCGUGUCCAGGUAGAAGUGUCUUCAGAUGUGGCCGUUGUUGAGAGACUGGCUGUUAAUGUAUUUGUGAAUGAGCAGUUUUAUGUGUGAUAUGUUUUGGAGGGUGAGGUCAGGUCACUUUUCCUUUCACGUUAUAAGAGUCACAAUAGAUAGGAAUAAUGUUUAAAUGGUUAUAAACUGUUGUCCAUAGGUUUGUCAAUAAAGGCGAUCAGGUUUAUGUAUUUUAGCUUCCAUUAGGGUCAGCUCUGAACAGCAGAGCCAGGAAAGGGAGGUUUCCCUUUAAAAUGGCUCGAUCAUGACAACAUCCAAACUUAUUUAUAGACACAUAGAUUUGAGGAGAACUCUGCCGUUCAUUAAUAUCUUAACUUUCUUAUACACUGCAGCUAGUUGUAUGUUUGCAAAAGAGUGACUGUGCAAGUGUGUCUGUGAGUUUAAAUGAAGGUUAAAACAAAGGUAUUCUUCAUUUUUAAAGAUCUUGACAUGAUGCCUGUGAUACACAUGAAAUUAAAACUUUCUAUUAUACAAA